AUGUGCCAUGCUAUAUGGGAAUUUCAAGAAAUCGGCACAACAUAUGCCCAAUCAAGAGAGGAGGUUUUGAAGAAUCGAAUGCGGCUUAAAGCAACUAUUGAAAUUGUUUGCUUGCUAACAUUGCAAGGAAUUGGUUUUAGAGGCCAUGAUGAAAGUUCAAGUUCAUUGAAUCGAGGGAAUUUUAUUGAAGUGUUAAAGUGCGAAGCGGAAGGAAAUGAUGAACUUUCAAGUGUUAUCUUAGACAAUGCUCCACAAAAUGCCCAAUACAUUGCUCCAUCAAUUCAGAAAGAGGUUAUUCAUAUUCUUACAAAUAGAGUGAGAAAAGUGAUUUGUGAUGAAAUUGCGGGAGAGGGUACGGGUCGUCAUUGUCAGCAACAAGAUCAUAUUACAGUUGAGCACCAUUAUCACUUUGACAUUUUCAACUAUGCAAUAGAUUUACAGUCGAUGGAGUUAGAACAUAGAUUCAACAAUGAAGUAGUGGAACUUCUUACUCUUAGCUCGGCUUUGGAUCCUAAUGAUUCUUUUAAAUCUUUUAACGUGGAAAAGAUAUGCAAUCUUGCUGAGAAAUUCUAUCCUUGGGACUUCACUGGCCAAGAUGUUAAAACAUUGAAGUUUUAA